AUGUUGUGUAUCGUCGUCGUCGUCGUCGUCGUCGUCGCUGUCGUCACCGCCGUCUUGCUGCUGCCGCUGCUGCCCUUCUUCUCGUGGCUCUUGAUGCUCAAUGGCCAAGUGCACGAGCUCGCUGGCCCGGCCGCGGUCUGGCUCCCCGUUGUCCCCGGCUCGGAGCUCGUCUGCGGGACAUUGAGGGAUUGGUGGCUCCUGGAAGACUUGGGCCGCAGGGUGACCGGUGCUGCUGUUGAUGCUGCACCCGCAGCUUGUGUUGUUGUUGCUGCUGCUGCUGCUGCUGCUGUCGCUGUGGUUUUGGUUUUGGUUGAUGCGCCUGUUGUCGCCGCUGCCGCUGCCGCUGAUGCUGAUGCUGAUGCUGAUGCUGGGGAAACUGGUGCAGUUCGGGACUGCUGUUCCCGUCGAACCCAUGAUGGAAAUAGUCCCAGAGCCCGUGAGACCGGUCCACGCUAUCCUCGCUGGCUGAGGAAACUAUUGGCAUUGGUCAUGGGCGCCAUCGUCGCUGUCGUUGCCGUUGCCGCUGCUUGUGCCAGUACCAGUGCCUGCGUCUGUGCCUGUGUCUGUGUCUGUGUCUGUGCUUGUGCUUGUGCUUGUGUUUGUGCUAGUACCGUUGCCGCCGUUACUCCUGUGGCUGUCGGGCCGGUCGACGAUGACGAGCUAGCUAGCAGGCCAAAAGGCAGAUAUGACUUUUGA